AUGAAGCUCCUGUCUACAAAAGCCACAUGUAACUCUCACGGCCAAGAUUCUUCAUACUUCCUAGGAUGGCUGGAGUAUGACAAGAACCCUUACGAUGAGGUUCUGAAUCCCAAAGGAAUUAUUCAGAUGGGUCUUGCAGAGAAUCAGCUCUCUUUCGAUCUCCUAGAGUCUUGGCUCGCUAAAAACCCAGACGUACCGGGAUUCAAAAGCGAUGGCAAAUCCAUUUUCCGCGAGCUCGCUCUCUUCCAAGACUACCAUGGCCUUCCUUCUUUCAAGAAGGCAUUGGUAGACUUCAUGGCAGAGAUUAGAGGAAACAAGGUGACUUUUGAUCCCAACCACAUUGUUCUAACUGCUGGAGCCACUUCUGCAAAUGAGACUCUCAUGUUUUGCCUCGCUGAACAAGGAGAAGCCUUCCUCCUUCCCACUCCUUAUUACCCAGGAUUCGAUAGAGAUCUCAAGUGGCGAACUGGGGUGGAGAUCGUUCCAAUACAAUGCACAAGCUCCAAUAACUUCCAAAUCACUGAAUCUGCUUUGCAACAAGCUUAUGAAGACGCAAAGAAGCGUAACCUCAGAGUCAAAGGCGUGUUGGUGACAAACCCAUCAAACCCACUAGGCACUACAAUGUCCCGGAGCGAAUUGAACUUGCUCAUUGACUUUAUCAAAGACAAAGACAUGCAUUUGAUAAGCGAUGAGAUAUACUCCGGGACCGUUUAUUGCUCCCCAGGCUUCGUCAGCAUCAUGGAAAUCCUAAAGGAAAGAAAUGACCAUAAGGAUUAUGAUUAUGAUUCUCCAGUUUGGGAAAGAGUUCACGUUGUCUAUAGUCUCUCCAAAGACUUGGGUUUACCAGGUUUCCGUGUUGGUGCCAUCUAUUCUGAAAACGACGUCGUUGUGGCGGCAGCAACAAAAAUGUCAAGCUUCGGUUUGGUUUCCUCACAAACCCAGUACCUCCUCUCAGCCAUGCUCGGCGACAAGAAGUUCACCAAAAACUACAUCUCCGAGAACCAAAAGAGGCUGAAACGACGACAGAGAAUGCUCGUUUCGGGCUUACAGAAAGCAGGUAUUAGCUGCCUUAAGACCAACAAUGCGGGCUUGUUUUGCUGGGUUGACAUGAGGCACCUUCUCCAUUCCAACACAUUUGAAGCUGAGAUGGACUUGUGGAAGAAGAUACUGUACGAGGUUCGAUUAAACAUAUCACCCGGGUCGUCUUGCCAUUGCACUGAACCUGGCUGGUUUCGUGUAUGUUUUGCUAACAUGUCGGAAGAUACUCUAAACCUAGCCAUGAAUCGAUUGAAGGCCUUCGUUGCAGACUCCAAUGACAACGGGUUUAGUAAGAGAAGAGCUCAGUCUUCAGGAACUUCAAGAAGAAAGUCACUCUCCAAUUGGGUUUUCCGGCUAUCAUCUCGUGAUCGUCGUGAACAAGAAGAACGAUAG